AUGGACUACAUGAACCUGGGCGUCCGCUCGCGGAAAACAGGGCUCACCGUCGACAAGCUGGUGCCCAAAGACGAGUAUUCGAUGGAAAACAUCGAUGACUUUUUUAAAGAGGGGGAUAAGACGGGGCCAGGCCUUGGGCCAGGCCCUGCAUCUACCAGAACCAGGCCUGGGCAUGGCCCAGGGCAAGCCCUGGACCCUAGAACAACCUCUGGCCCCGGCCAGGGCCCAGGGCAAAGCUCUUUUGAUGCGUUCAAGAUCCCAUCAACAGUGCCAGAACCAGGCACUUCCCCAGCCCCAGGCACUCCAGAGAACCAGACCUCCGACCAAUGGUUCCCAGAUGUGAAUGAGAUGCCUGAGGUGCCCCAUGACUCCCCAGGGACCCCUGGCAGCCCUGGGACCCCUCAAAAACGUUUCAUUCGCGAACAAGAUGUUGACUCCUAUGACUCCCCCGAUAGUGACCCCUCCAUCAGGCUCACGCCCGAGCAGGACUACAGAGACGUGCCAGACCUCGUGGACGACGGCGAAACCACCCGCGACACCUCGCUCUCCGAAGAACACGUCCUGCUCGAAGACGAACUCGACGACGAUUUCAGACCGGAAACUGACAUCGACACAGAAUACCGGGACGGUUCUACAGAUGGCUCUACAGAUGAUACUUCAGAUGAUACUUCAGAUGACGACUCUGACCACCCUGAAGAUAGUGACUCUGACCACCCUGAAGAUAGUGACUCUGACUCCUCCCUCAUCCAAGCGCAAGCAAAAGAACUCUUGCAAAACGAAAAGCCCACGGCCUCGGCCACAGGCGGCGUCCGAAGGUCCACCAGAAUCAGAGUGGCCCCGCUAGAGUUCUGGAGAAACGAAAAAGUCGUCUACAAGCGCAGCUCCAACAAGCCAGUGCUCGAAAUCGACAAGAUUAUCACCUACGACCACGACCAGGACGAAGAAGAAGAACAGUUUCUCAAAAAUAAUAAGCGUUCCAAGACCCAGGCCCAGGGCCAGGCCCAGGCCCAAGCCAAGACCAAAUCAAGACCAUACAACUACAUACCCUCAGGCAGACCAAGAGGACGGCCCAGAAAGAAUAAGCCCCCGGAACAAGAAGAAGGAGAAAAAUCUGGCAACGCCCGUAUACUACAAGAAAUAAAAAACGGAACCUACCCGAACGCCCAAUGGCUCCAGCACGGCGUCUACCAAUCCACCGUUAACGUCUCAGCAGACGAGAAAAAGGACCAAGACAUACUCGCGUUCGCCCCAGGUCUCGCCCAAGCGGAACAGGUCACCUCUUCAAACAACGAUAAGUUCACGCUUGCCAUCUUGUUCGACAAACACAAAGAACGGUUCGCUAGCGGGAUCUUGAAAAUCCCCGUAGACGGGGCCAAAACUCUCGCUAACGCCCAUAACGCAUUCAUCAACUUCUACGUCAUCCAAGGUAUAGUCGAGGUCACUGUCGAAAACAAAAAGUUCAUAUGUACCAAGGGCUCCUCGUUCCAAAUCCCAGCUUUCAACAACUAUGGUUUCACCAACAAGGGCAUGGAUAACGCUGAUCUAUAUUUCGUGCAGGUAACGGUGCCAGAAACCUUCGACGGGUCGCAAGAACCAGGAUCAGAAGCAGACGACACGUCAGAUAAGUCCUCCAGCAACAUGAGUCUAACAACGACCUAG